GGCUGUCGUAAGGAGCGUCUGUGUUUGGCGGUUUUUAUUUUUAAGAUAUGUUUAUUUUGUGUGUAAAAUAUUCAUAACACGCGUGAGAUAUCGGGAUUAUCUUCGGGAUGAUUAUGAGUGCAUUUUUACCUCUUGAUUUCCUUUGCUUUCAUGGCGGCAAAAUUUGAAAUGUCACUAAGAGCUAUAUUAUCAUUUUAGUGCGUCUAAAUCAUCAUUUACUUUGAAUCGUUAUGGAACUUGCCUGACUUUAUUCGGAAAGAAGUAGAAUAAAAACAAAACACGGUAUAAUCUACACAUACCUAAAAACAGAUGUGUCUAUUCCCCACAGAAUGCGUGAUGCGCAUUAUGAGGCUGCUGCGUCUCCAUGUUCUGUGCUUGGGCGUCUGCUUGUCCGCGGCCGGAGGCGACGAACCCCAAGGAUGUGUCAUCACGGAAACGAAAAAUGAGACUGUGGCACUAAAUCCGGAAACGCUAGGAAAACCCCUUUACCUGUGGCCUGGUUCCUCUCUGUCUUCGCUAUCCUUAGCACUACUUUUAAAUAAUGGAAUUGAUGAAAACUCCGCCACUGUCAAUUUGAAGAAUGCGACUCAUCUUCUUCCUAAGACCUGGAACAUGAUAGAAUUCUCAACAACAAAGACGAAGGACACGAACUUUUCAACUGUGUGCAUCCCGGCUGUCAAUGAGACUCGUAUCCUACGGAACUGCUCAAAUUGUUCACUGAAGGAGCUACAUAUAAAAGUAAAUGGAAGUGCCCUGUUUGCCUAUAAUUGUUCAAACAACAUCAACCCUGCAGCUCUCUUCGCAGACCAUUGGAAGGAAGCAGGUGUGUACAGGUGUGGAAAUGACACGAGGUAUAUUUUGAUGACAUGA